GUCACCUCCACAAACAUCUGAACCUCCGUGAAGAAGCAGGGGACGAUAAAGAUGGCGGAGCGGUGUGAUUACGGAACAGAAAUACUGAACUUGAGCCGUGUUUAAAGGCCGUUGUACUUGUUUUUCUGACGGUCAGUGUCGUUGUGUUACCGGGGUGAGGAUGGCCUACCGCUACCUGCGGCUCUCCGCGGGCUGCAGGAAGAUGUUCCGGCUGCUGCUGCCCUCCAACGCUCCGGCCAGGCUGGCGAUGUGUUCGACCACGGCCGGACAGGUAGGGAGCAGGUGGAGCCUGCUCAGUGAGCUGCUGGGAGCGUACAGGAGGCUGAGCUCCAGACCACCAAAAGGUUUUGAGAAAUAUUUUCCAGAUGCUCAGAAACCUGCCAAAAACUCUGAGGCAGAAGCUGCAACCAAAGAAGCCAAACCUGCCAACGCUCAGAAGGCCUCUGGGAGGUCGGGAGGUGGAGGUGGAGGUGGAGGUGGAGGUGGAGGUGGGGGAGGAGGAGGCAAAAGAGGAGGUCGCAAGGAGGAGUCACACUGGUACAGCCGUCUGCAGAAGGGUGACAUUCCCUGGGAUGAUAAGGAGUUUCGGAUGUACUUCCUGGGCGGAGCAGCGUUCUGGACCACCGUCACUUACUAUUUCUUCUUCAGGGACGGAGGACGAGAGGUCACCUGGAAAGACUUUGUCAACAACUACUUGGCCAAAGGAGUGGUGGAUCGGUUAGAAGUUGUCAACAAGCGCUAUGUCAAAGUGGUUUUCUCUACUGGGAAGACGCCGGUGGACGGGCAGUACAUCUGGUUCAACAUUGGCAGUGUUGACACGUUUGAGAGGAAUCUGGAGACGGCUCAGUAUGAGCUCGGCAUUGAGGGAGAGAACAGACUGCCGGUGGUUUAUUCCACCGAGAGCGACGGCACUUUUCUACUGAGCAUGCUCCCCACGGUGCUCAUCAUUGGCUUCCUGCUGUUCAUGCUGCGGCGGGGUCCAGCGGGGGCGGGGCGACCUGGCCGGGGGAUGGGCGGAUUGUUCAGUGUCAGCGAGACGACAGCGAAGAUCCUGAAAGACGAGAUUGAUGUGAAGUUCAAAGAUGUGGCGGGCUGCGAGGAGGCUAAACUGGAGAUCAUGGAGUUUGUCAACUUCCUGAAGAACCCCAAACAGUACCAGGACCUGGGCGCCAAGAUCCCAAAGGGAGCCAUCUUGACGGGUCCUCCAGGAACAGGAAAAACCCUUCUGGCCAAAGCGACGGCCGGUGAGGCCAAUGUACCGUUCAUCACCGUCAACGGCUCUGAGUUCCUGGAGAUGUUUGUUGGUGUCGGCCCGGCCAGAGUGAGAGAUCUGUUCGUCAUGGCGAGGAAGAACGCCCCCUGCAUCCUCUUCAUCGAUGAGAUUGACGCCGUAGGACGAAAACGAGGACGAGGGAACUUUGGGGGACAGAGCGAGCAGGAGAACACACUGAACCAGUUGCUGGUGGAGAUGGAUGGCUUCAACACGGCAACCAAUGUUGUGGUUCUGGCAGGAACCAACAGGCCGGACAUCUUGGACCCGGCUCUGAUGAGACCCGGACGCUUCGACAGGCAGAUUUACAUUGGUCCCCCUGAUAUUAAAGGUCGAGCCUCAAUCUUUAAAGUUCACCUGCGUCCUCUGAAGCUGGAGGCCAACAUGGACAAAGACGCCCUGGCCAAAAAGAUGGCUGCCCUCACGCCUGGAUUCUCAGGCGCCGACAUUGCUAACGUUUGUAAUGAGGCGGCUCUGAUCGCCGCCCGCCACCUUUCAGACGCUAUCAACCAGAAACACUUUGAACAGGCCAUCGAGAGGGUCAUCGGAGGUCUGGAGAAGAAGACUCAGGUCCUGCAGCCGGAGGAGAAGAAGACAGUGGCGUAUCAUGAAGCCGGUCAUGCCGUCGCUGGAUGGUUUCUGGAGCAUGCUGACCCUCUACUAAAGGUGUCCAUCAUCCCUAGGGGUAAGGGUCUGGGUUAUGCACAGUACCUGCCGAAAGAGCAGUAUCUGUACACCAAAGAGCAGCUGCUGGACCGGAUGUGUAUGACUCUGGGAGGACGAGUCUCUGAGGAAAUCUUCUUCGGUCGGAUAACCACUGGAGCUCAGGACGACCUCCGAAAGGUCACCCAGAGCGCCUAUGCACAGAUAGUUCAGUUUGGGAUGAAUGCAAAGGUGGGUCAAGUUUCCUUCGACCUCCCUCGGCAGGGUGAGAUGGUUAUGGAGAAACCAUACAGCGAAGCUACGGCUCGCCUUAUCGACACUGAGGUCAGAACCCUCAUCAGCGAGGCUUACCAGAGAACCCAUCAACUGCUGAAUGACAAGAAGGAAGAGGUUGAGAAGGUGGCACUGCGACUGCUGGAGAAGGAGGUUCUGGAUAAGAGCGACAUGUUGGAGUUGCUGGGAAAACGUCCGUUUGCAGAGAAGUCGACGUACGAAGAGUUUGUGGAGGGAACCGGUGGCGAAGACGAGGACACGACCCUGCCAGAGGGUCUGAAAGACUGGAACCAGGAGAGGAAGGACAAGGAGGAGAGCCAGGACGAGCAGGUGGCACGCCAGAUCUCUGGAGGAAUGCCUUUCUAGAACAUUAUGAUGGAUGUCUGGGUUCUACCACCAACCUAAGCUGACUGCCAGAAUAAACAUCAAGAGCUCAGCAGAUGCUCAUAGAACCUUUUCUCUGGAGUUCUGCACCAAACACCAAACCUUGAACCUAUAGGGUCCAUAAAUGUUGGACAUCUCGGUUCUACCACCAACCUAAACUAUGACCUAACCCUCGCACGUGUCUAGACCUUGUUCUACGGUCACGUCACCUACAUCUGUGAGGUCUAAAACCCUCUCAUUGACUUCAGUAAUAAUAAAAAACAUCAAACACUCA